CACUGUGUUUGCCAUAUUGUCCGGAUGCAGAUAUUUAAAGCACCUGUCGUGAAACCUGAGGUGACAUUUCAAUAGCUUAACGUGUACGUAUUUCCUCCACAAAGUCACUGGCUUGUAAAGGGCCACUGAAGAAAAAACGGUUCUUGAUGCAGUGUGACAGCCAAAGUGUUGGAUAGAGUUUCACAUUCUAUAUUUAAGCCUGGUGACUUGUGUCUCUGCUGCGCCGUUUAAAUGCCAGAGUCCCACUGUCAAAACAGAGAGAGAAGGGCGCAACAAUAUGAUGGACCUUUUUGAGACCAACCCUUAUCUUUUCAAUGAUUUGCGCUAUUUGGAAGAAGGGGAUCAUGGACCACUACAGCACUUGGACAUGGCGGGGGUGUCUCCUCUGUACAACGGCAAUGACAGCCCGCUGUCCCCGGGCCAGGAUAAUAUUCCGUCCGAGACCGGGGGGGAGAGCAGCGGGGAGGAGCACGUCCUUGCGCCUCCGGGUCUCCGGGCGCACUGCGAGGGCCAGUGCCUCAUGUGGGCCUGCAAGAUCUGCAAGAGAAAGUCGGCGCCCACGGACAGACGCAAGGCCGCCACGCUCAGGGAGAGAAGGAGGCUCAAGAAGAUCAACGAGGCCUUCGACGCGCUGAAGAGGAAGACCGUGGCCAACCCCAACCAGAGGCUACCCAAGGUGGAGAUUUUACGCAGCGCCAUCAGCUACAUUGAGCGGCUACAGGAGCUGCUGCAGACGCUGGACGAGCAGGAGAAAACGCAGAACUUUAACGACGGUGAACACGGUGUGGCCCGUCAUGAUGAGUACCCCUGGAAAAAGGCCUCAGAGACCUGGUCGACCUCUGCUGACCAUUCCACUGCAGCGAUGAUAAACCAGAGAGAAGGAAGCAGCGAGUCGUCUGCGUCCUCCAGCCUCCUGCGCCUGUCGUCCAUCGUUAACAGCAUCACCAGCGACGAGAAAAUCAACUUCAGCGAAGACGUCUCAGAGAACUGAAGCGUCGGUCCGUCACGUCGGCUAGACAGCAGCGUUAAGAUUUAAAACUUCCAUUGUUUAUCUCUAAAUUAUUCCCAUUAUAUUCAGCCAUUCUGUUUGUUUGUGUAGCCUUCGCUUGUACAGCAGGAGCGACGAAUUUGUACAUAUUUUAUAAAAAUGUGAUGUUUAGAUUUAUUUAUUUUAUAUUCAGCAGCACGCAAACUCUUUAAGAAAGCUGAUGUUGUAUUUAAGUAUUUGUACAUAACUGACCAAGAAAAUAAACUGCUAAUUUUGCAGUACUCUAAA